UUUUUGUGUUUCAGUGUCACUUCAACCGUGUAUUGUUGCUCUGCAAUUGGUUUUAUCCCUGAACAGGAAUACCGUGCCUGUCUUGAUAAGAGGUAUCCAUUUAGGUGAUAUCGCUAUGUGGCUUUCCAAUUUCGGUUAACUCAGGGUUUUUGGUGCACUCACUUACCCCUGAGCAGCCGGGAUUCGUCGCUGGUGGCAUCUUGGCCAAUGGGCCUACAUUUACGCACCCGCGCCGUAUUUUUGUGUCUCGCUCGUGCUGUUCCCCCAACCCGCGAAAAAUGCGAAACCACCGAAUUUGUCACCUCGAGCUCCACCAUGGAUGAUACAAUUAGGUCGUUGAUACGAUUCGUUGUGCGAGGCUUCUACUCCAAGGAGUAUAUUCUAAUUGUGGAUGCCGUGUUGAUCCACUCGGUGUUGUCCGAAGAUGACCUUAUUUAUCUUUUGGGAAUCCAGCGGAAAGAGCUUCGUAUGUUCUGCAACAAGUUGGUGGAUGAUAGGUUACUAGGGGCUCAGUACCAAAAAGAAGAGAAUCCCCAACUGCGGCAGAUUUCAAGAACCUACUACUAUAUUCACAUCACCGAGGCGGUUGAUUCAAUCAAAUGGCGAGCCCAUUUUGUCGUGAAUAAAAUCAAACAGGAAAUGAACCAGUUUGGUAAUCCCCAUGGGUACAUCUGUAAGCGAUGUACCAAGAAGUUCAGUCAAUUGGAUGCCAUUGCGUUGUUGAGCUCUGACAGAUCCCUGUUUGUAUGUGAUAACUGUGGGUUUAGCUUGGUGGAAGAUGAUUCUAAUGAACAGGCAUCGAUAAAGCAAGAGUCGCUAGAAAAGCUACGGACCCAAAUUGACCCUAUCAUUGACUUUUUGAAGAAAAUUGAUGAGUCUGUGGUUGAAGAUAAUACAUUCGAAGCAGCAUUGGUCAAUGCCAUUCCUGCUCAAUCUUCUUCUUUGGGUUCGUACUCGUUACCUUCGAGAUUCAAGAACUCGAAAUUGACAGCAAACUCGACCGCCAACUUGAAAUCACAGGCUGCAACCUUACAUGUUUCUAUCACUGCCGUCGAUGAAAAUGAAGAUAAAGAAAGACAAAUUAGAGAAGAAAAGAUCCAGAAGAUCCAACAAAAUGCGUUACCAGCCUGGCAUUCUGCCUCUACUGUGGGAAAGGAGACCCCUUCGGCCAAUCAGACCCCCGAACCACCAUCUUUCAAAUCGGAACCCGAAAUCGCUUCUGCUUCUGGUCCCAUCAAAUCCGAAUUCGAGUCUUCCAGUGGUACUGCAGUUGCAGAUGAGACUCCAGCUCCGGUUGAGAUGUCUUCUGAAUUAAAGGACAAAGAGGCUCAAGAUGCAUUGACCGCCUAUUACGCCGAGUUGGCUGCAAGAGAGGCACAAGAUGACGAUGACGAAGAUGAAGACGAUGAAGAUGAUUUCGACGACCUUGAGGAUAUAUAAACAGCAUCGCAUCGAUUUACCAUAAAUAGCAUAUACAAAAUUCUGUGUUUUUUGUAAGGGAAGUACUGGGAGACUGUACUUUACAGGUUUACAAGGACUAUUCAACUGUUUCUAAUGCUACUUCCAUAUACUUUUCCUUCUCCUUUUCCUUUUCGUUUUAUCUCUUCACCCCACAUAAUGAGUCAAU